AUGUUCUCACGCCGAAACCUCCUAGGGCUCGUGGCCACUGGCUCGUUGGUCAGCGCCGCCCCGUGCGACAUCUAUGCCUCUGGCGGGGCGCCCUGUAUCGCUGCGCACAGCACCACUCGUGCCCUGUACAGUGCCUACACUGGCCCGCUCUACCAGGUGAUUCGCGGCUCCGACAGUGCCACGACCGACAUCUCGCCGCUUUCCGCUGGUGGCGUUGCGAAUGCUGCCGCCCAGGAUACCUUCUGUUCCGGUACGACCUGUCUGAUCAAGGUUAUCUAUGACCAGUCUGGCCGUGGCAAUCACCUUACCCAGGCCCCGCCUGGCGGCUUCAACGGCCCGGAAUCCAAUGGCUACGACAACCUGGCCAGCGCUAUUGGCGCCCCCGUGACGUUGAACGGGCAAAAGGCGUACGGCGUCUUUGUCUCUCCGGGCACCGGCUACCGCAACAACGAGGUCAAUGGCAGCGCUACGGGUGAUGAGCCUGAGGGCAUGUACGCCGUGCUGGACGGCACCCACUACAACGAUGCCUGCUGCUUCGACUACGGCAACGCUGAGAUCAGCAGUAAAGAUACUGGAGCCGGCCACAUGGAGGCCAUCUACUACGGAACCAGCAAGACGUGGGGUUAUGGUUCGGGCAGCGGCCCUUGGAUCAUGGCUGAUCUCGAGAACAACCUGUUCUCUGGUCAAGCCGAGGGUCUCAACUCUGCCGACCCCUCCAUCUCCCACCGGUUUGUCACGGCCGCUGUCAAGGGCGAGCCCAACAAGUGGGCCAUCCGCGGCGCCAACGCGGCCUCCGGCUCGCUGUCGACUUACUACAGUGGCGCGCGCCCCACUGUGUCUGGCUACAACCCGAUGAGCAAGGAGGGUGCCAUCAUCUUGGGCAUCGGCGGUGACAACAGCAACGGCGCCCAGGGAACCUUUUACGAGGGUGUGAUGACCUACGGCUACCCAUCCGAUGCCACCGAGAACUCGGUGCAGGCCAACAUCGUCGCCGCCAAGUACGCCGUGACCUCGCUGACCAGCGGAAAGGCGCUCACCGUCGGUUCCUCGAUCUCGCUGCGGGCCACUACCUCCGGCUACUCGACCCGCUACAUCGCCCACAACGGCUCGGCUGUCAUUACCGAGGUCGUCUCCUCGUCCAGCUCCUCCACCCUCAAGAAGCAGGCCAGCUGGACGGUGCGUACCGGUCUGGCCAACUCCGGCUGCUUCUCUUUUGAGUCUGUCGACACCCCCGGCAGCUACAUCCGUCACUACAACUUCGGCCUCCUGCUCAACGCCAGCGACGGCUCCAAGCAGUUCAAAGAGGAUGCUACCUUCUGCCCGCAGUCCGGCAUCAACGGCCAGGGCCUUUCCAUCCGGUCCUGGAGCUACCCCACCCGCUACUUCCGUCACUAUGAGAACGUGCUCUACGUCGCUAGCAACGGUGGAGUUCACACCUUUGACUCCAAGACCUCUUUCAACGCGGACGUGACCUGGGUGGUCAGCUCCGGCUUUGCUUAA